AUGCAAAAGGUUAUCCAACGGACGGCUUUGGCCCGGAAGCAGGCUCUACGGAGAACUGUCAAAAACCAUGAACGACAAGAAUUGAUGGACCGUCUUACCAUCAGACGGCAACGGAAGGAGUUUGGUGUUGCGCUGUACGGUCAACACAAAGCAGCACGCCAGAACCGUUGGGAGGAUUGGGAAAAGGGAUCACUUGCUCCUAUGCGGGACUCUGGUCUCGAAAGCGGCAUUUACGGCGCACUCCCCGGUACUAUCCUACACCCUCCGGCCAUCCCCAAGCACUUACGUCGGAAGCACAUCCUCUUCGCUGAAGGCGACAAGGUUUGUGUUAUGCGUGGACGCGAUCAGGGCAAGAUCAAUGUCAUUCAACAAGUCAACCGGGACAGUGAAACCGUCAUCAUCAAGGAUAUCAACCAGUACGACGUGAUCAUUCCCGAAUGGGCCAAGUCGCGACUUGGACACCAGGGCGACACUCAAGCACAAAGCUUCCCCGUGCCCAUGGACGACAUCCGACACGUCAUUCCGCUGGAAGAUACAGAGAGUGGAGAGAUGAAAAUCGUCAUUGUCGACCAUGCAUAUGCUGCUGGUCCUUACAACGAGCGCCCACCGCACAGCAAACUCCCGAAACACUCCCGUUAUGUUUCUGGUCUGAACAUCGAGAUCCCUUGGCCAGUUGAGGAGGAGCCUGCAAUCACCGAUGGAGACAUGGAUACCCUCCGUGUGGAGGUCGAGACCAGCACAUUUGUCCCGACUCUCCGGAAGCCGCCGUUCCCCUCGACUAUCAUUGAUGAGCUGCGCAACAAAUAUUCCAAGUUCCGUACCCGUCACGAUCCUGAGUACUUGCAGGAGAAGAUGAUGGAAGACUACCGCAAGGAGUACAGGGAAAGUGUCUCUAUGAUGACACCCAAGACAGAUCGCAAGACCCUGGGUACUGCUAGGGCGGCGGAAAGGAGAAAGGCGAUGACGGAUGAAGAUGGAAAGAUGCACUUGUCUGAGAAAACUCAGGCGUUCAUUAACUCCCACCUCCAGGAGACAUGGAAGAACUUGCCAAAGCAGAAAGCCAAGGGGAAAAGGGCACACUUGGGCAAGGAAUAA